UUUUACGGGCGCAGCCCGUAAUUUGAUUCUCGCGAGGUAGACACUGACAGACUGAACUGAACCACCAGGCCGUUAGAUGGCACGGGUGAGUAUAUCUCGGGUGAGGAUAUUUCGGUGGCAGUUUUAAGCCAGCGGGUGAGGAUAUUUCGGGUGGCAGUUUUAAGCCACGAUGCACAAGUCCCAGGGCAUGACAAUUCCUUGUGUUGCUGCAAACUUGGGCGACACGGAAAUGCAUCUGGGCGGUACGUUUACCGUCUUGUCUCGGGUGCCUGCCUUGACUGGUCUUGCUUUGGAACGUGGCUUGAAUUUCGACCGGUUGGCCAAGAUCAACCAGAGCCGGUCUUUGUUGGCACGGAAAGAAUACGAAGCUGCGAAAUGGCCACCGCUCGAAGCCAAUGCGCUUCGACAUUUUCAGUCGGUCCUUGCAGAGCUGUUGCUGAAACGGGGGUCUCCCGAAGCAGCUGUGCUGGACACGAUCGGCGGCUUGGCCGAAACAGCAGCUGAGCAAUUGUCACUGCCUGACUUCACUGCGGAACUGUGAGCACUUUCUAGGGUGGAAACGCUGCGCAAUCAUCGUGGCGGCGACGGCCGGUGCCAUUUCUACCAUAAUUUCUACCGGGAGAGUGCGGAAGGGCUCUCGCACGGGGGCGGCUUGUGCAGUUUGAGCAGAGAUGGCACCCACGACGAAGAGGA